UGCAUUAAAUAAAGGCGAUGGAGAGGUUUCCAGAGGUUGAUGUCAGUGUAACUGGAUUCCUCCAGACUGGAAACAACUGGGAACAGAACAAGAUGGCUGAGUGUGGACUGGAAAACUGUUUUUCUCCCCUCUCACAAAAGCUGGACUGAAGCGACCCAGAGUUAUUUUUGAGAAAAAAUACGCAAGUAUAACUUAAACUAUUCUUAAUUUUCAAAGCGUCUCUUCUUCCUGACAAAUAACGUUACCUUUCUGCGGAUUUUGUUGUGGUAUGAAGUUUUCACUGGGAUUUUCUCGCAUUUUUCUAUUGCAUAACGUCGUAAAAGUGGAUUUCGAGUUUUUUAAAAACUGAAACAAUAACUAUUCGAUAUCCUUGACUUGGUGGAAAUCGAAUUCGAGACUUUCUGAAUCUUGUUUUGGCAUCAUUUUGCACUAGCUUCCGGCUAAAGAGCGACUAAAAUGAAGAUGUUUGUUCAUAAUAUCCAGUUACUGUAAAUGACACGAUGAGCUCCAGUCGCGUCCGUCCUCAAGCACCGCAGGCCCAGGCGGCAUCUGCCCCCGCUGCCCCUGCAUCCUCUCCGCUUUAUGAAGGCAUCGAAAUGGAAAAAAUGCAUCAUGAAGAAGUGGGCCUUGGAGUGCCCGAUGAGAGCACCUCUCCACCCACCUCCAGCUCCCGACGGGCAUGGAGCCGGGAUAACCCAGGAUUCGAACCGGAGGAAGGGAUGAUGGAAGCGGACUGGCCUCCGGCGAGCCCGGGACCCGGGAGCUUCUCUGGCGUCAGUGCGCGGAUCAACAGAGGACUGUAUCCAACUCCACCAGCACAAGAACACCGCAGCUGUGGGAAGAGGAUACUGGCGAAAAUAAGAGUGCUGUGGGACACUCGUCUUUUGGGUGAGAGCAACAGUAACAGAGAGAUGUACCUGAAAACCGUCCUUCGAGAAAUGAUUACCUACAUCCUCUUUCUGGUCAUCCUCUGCAUAUUAACCUAUGGAAUGGUGAGCUCCAACAUGUACUACUACACCAAAGUCAUGUCCCAACUCUUCCUGGAUACACCACUGGCAAGCGGAGAACCCACGACCUUCAAGACCCUUUCAACCAUGGAGGACUUCUGGAAAUUCACAGAAGGCCCCUUUCUUGAUGGCAUGUACUGGGAGUUGUGGUACAACGGUAAGAGCCUACCAGAAAACCAGAGUCUGAUCUACUACGAGAACCUCCUGUUGGGUGUCCCACGUCUCCGGCAACUCAAAGUACACAAUGAGUCCUGUUCUGUCCAUGAGGACCUGCGGGAUGAAGUUUACGACUGCUACAGUGUCUAUUCUCCUGCCAAUGAGUAUAAGUCACCGUUCGGACCGAAAAAUGGCACAGCGUGGAGGUACUCAGAGGAGAGCAGUCUGGGUGAGAGCAGCUACUGGGGUCAGGUGUCGACUUAUGGUGGUGGAGGUUACUACCAGGACCUGUCACGCACUCGAGAGAAGUCAGCCAGUCAGCUGCAGGAGUUAAAAAACAACCUCUGGUUGGAUCGUGGCACUAGAGCAGUGUUCCUGGACUUCUCCAUCUACAAUGGCAACGUUAACCUGUUUUGUAUUGUCAGGUUGCUGGUGGAGUUUCCAGCCACAGGGGGCGCUAUGACCUCCUGGCAGUUCCAGACCGUGGGUCUUAUCCGGUAUGUGUCCAGCUGGGACUACUUUGUGGGGAUGUGUGAAGUGGCCUUCUGCCUCUUUGUGCUGUAUUACCUGGUGGAAGAAGUUCUAGAGAUCCGCCUGCAUCGUUUGCGUUACUUCAAGAGCCUGUGGAACUGCUUGGAUGUUGUCAUUGUUGCACUCAGCGUUCCAGCCAUCAUUAUGAACAUCUGCAGAACUUCAGCGGUCAGUCACAGACUUCACUUCCUGCUGGAGAACCACAACACAUACCCCAACUUUGAGCCGCUUGCUCGCCUUCAGGUUCACUUCAACAACCUGGCUGCCAUCAUUGUCUUCCUCUCAUGGGUGAAGCUUUUUAAGUUUAUUAAUUUCAAUAAGACCAUGAAUCAGCUGUCCACCACCAUGUCACGCUGUGCCAAGGACCUGAUGGGCUUCUCUAUCAUGUUUUUCAUCGUGUUCCUGGCCUACGCUCAGCUGGCGUAUUUAGUGUUUGGAACUCAAGUUAACGACUUCAGCACCUUUCAGGCCUGCAUUUUCACACAGUUCCGGAUCAUUCUUGGAGAUUUUGACUUCUCAGAAAUCGAGGAGGCCGACAGCGUGUUGGGGCCGAUUUACUUCACCACCUUUGUGUUCUUCAUCUUCAUGAUUCUACUGAAUGUGUUCUUGGCCAUUAUCAAUGAUACUUACUCUGAGGUGAAAGCUGACAUGGCCCAGCAGAGGUCAGAGAUGGAGAUCACAGACCUCAUUAAGAAGGGCUAUAACAGGGCGAUGGUCAAACUCAAGCUGAAGAAGACCUCCAUCAAUGACAUCCCAGACAGUUUACACCAGGCUGCAGGCAAACUCAGCGUUGAUGAGCUCCGACAAGACCUCAGGGGAAAGGGCCAUUCGGAUGCUGAGAUUGAAGCCAUUUUUGCCAAGUAUGACCUUGAUGGAGAUCAGGAACUGACUGAACACGAGCACCAGCAAAUGAGAGAUGACUUGGAGAAAGAGAGAGAGGACUUGGAUCUGGAGCACAGUUCGCUGCCCAGGCCAGUGAGUGGGCGGAGCCUCUCUCGUAGCCAGGAUGACUCAGAGGAGGAUGACGAUGAGGACAGUGGACACAGCUCUCGUCGCCGUGGCAGCAGCUCAGGAGGCAUGUCAUACGAGGAGUUCCAAGUGCUCGUGCGUCGAGUGGACCGCAUGGAGCACUCCAUCGGCAGCAUCGUUUCAAAGAUUGAUGCCGUUAUCAUGAAGUUAGAGGUCAUGGAGAGAGCCAAGAUGAAGAGGAGGGAUGUGCUUGGACGGAUCCUGAAUGGAGUCAUGGAGGAUGAGAGGUUGGGCCGGGAUCCAGAGAUGCACCGAGAGCAAAUGGACCGGCUGGUGAGAGAAGAACUGGAGCGCUGGGAGUCUGAUGACACCAUGUCACAGGUGAGCCACCGUCAGGCCACUCCCAUCAUCCCAUCUGCUCAGCUCCACCCACGCAGUGCCCGCUCACCCUCCUCGCUGUCCAAUGAGGGCCCGGAUGGUGGGGCCGCCCACGUGUGAAUGAUUUGAUUGAAAAAACAUCCCUACAGAUCAGUCCACAAGUCCACAAUUUGCUCUCCAGUGCCACGUCUGGUGCAGUGCACUUGGCAAAACAUACUUAAAAGUCUUAAAGAACCAACUCAAAGCCACAGCAGUAGAGUUAAAUAGUCCUGCAAAAAAGCUAUUUAUUUGGAUUUCUUUAUAUUAAAGUUAAAUGGGGCUUUAUAAUGCAAAAAUUAAGAUAUAUGGUUUUUAUGCGACCAGGAAGUUCUAAAACACAGUCUCACUAUUACUUAAUGAAAAUAAUUUUUUGUGGAUAUAAAGUGAAUUCGAUCUUAAGGUCAGUCAGUGGCAGCUUAGCUUUGGUUUGCUUCUAUUAACUAGGUACAAUUAAAGGCAUUUUCAAAUUGAGGUACAUUUAGCUUUUUCCAGCAAUCUUAGCUAUGAUCACUUCUAUUCAGUUUAUUAUUUCUUCAAUAAGCUACAACUCAUUCACAGUAUGCAAUGGUCCGUUUUCAUUAAAUUACUAAUAACAUCUAACCAAAAAAUUCAAGUAAAUUCUAUGUGAACCUGAUGGUCACUAAAAUCAGUAGAAGCCAAUGCAAAAAUGGCUAAGAACAUAUGUUUAUCACGUUUGUUCAUAUGUUUAUAUUUUAUAUCAGAUUUUUUGUACUGUAUCUUGCUAUAACUGAAUGCAUUGUUUACAGUUUGAUUGAAAUGC